CACACGGACCACAAAGCUCAAGCACCCGCCACACCCGGAAUCCCCAACCAAUCAGCAGCUCCCUGAAUCCAAACCUCAGAAAGGCGCUCAACUCUCGACGACUGCUCCAUCACUAAAGAGCCAACCUCACCCCAUCCACGAAACCCGACAGUCUUCCGGCCCCGGCCAAUUGGCAUCCCACACCUCUGCUCUGCCGGGCAGAGAACGCCAACAUGCUGUCACGCACUGCGGCGCCGACCAAGGCGUCGGCAAGGACCAUCUCGAGCGCCGUUUCAAAUGCUGCCGCCGCGACAACACCCCAACAAUGUCGCUCCUUCGCUACCGUCCAGGACGCCGGUGCUGCCACGGUGCGCACUUAUGGUGGUCUGCGCGAUCAGGACCGCAUCUUUCAGAACCUCUACGGCCGCUACCCGCCCGACCUUAAGCACGCCAAGAAGAUGGGCGACUGGCACAAGACCAAGGAAAUUAUUCUCAAGGGUCACGACUGGAUUAUCGGCGAGGUCAAGGCUUCCGGCCUGCGAGGGCGAGGCGGUGCCGGUUUCCCCUCGGGGUUGAAAUGGUCGUUCAUGAACUUCAAGGAUUGGGACAAGGACAACAAGCCGAGGUACCUGGUGGUCAACGCCGACGAGGGUGAGCCGGGAACCUGCAAGGACCGCGAGAUCAUGCGCAAGGACCCCCACAAGCUGGUCGAGGGCUGCUUGGUCGCCGGCCGCGCCAUGAACGCCUCGGCCGCCUACAUCUACAUCCGCGGCGAGUUCAUCGAGGAGGCCGCCGUGCUGCAAAACGCCAUCAACGAGGCCUACGCCGAGGGGCUGAUCGGCAAGAACGCCUGCGGCUCCGGCUACGACUUUGACGUCUACGUCCACCGCGGCGGCGGUGCCUACGUCUGCGGCGAGGAGACCAGCCUGAUCGAGUCGCUCGAGGGCAAGCCCGGCAAGCCGCGCCUCAAGCCCCCCUUCCCCGCGGCCGUCGGCCUGUUCGGCUGCCCGUCCACGGUGGCCAACGUCGAGACGGUCGCCGUGGCGCCCACCAUCUGCCGGCGCGGCGGGAGCUGGUUCGCCGGGUUCGGGCGCGAGCGCAACCAGGGCACCAAGCUCUACUGCAUCAGCGGGCACGUCAACAACCCGGCCACGGUCGAGGAGGAGAUGAGCAUCCCGCUGCGGGAGCUGAUCGACAAGCACUGCGGCGGCGUGCGCGGCGGCUGGGACAACCUGCUGGCCGUCAUCCCCGGCGGCUCGUCGACCCCGAUCCUGCCCAAGGCCGUGUGCGACGACCAACUGAUGGACUUUGACGCCCUCAAGGACAGCCAGUCCGGCCUAGGCACCGCCGCCGUCAUCGUCAUGGACAAGAGCGCCGACGUCGUGCGCGCCAUCUCCCGCCUCAGCCACUUCUACCGCCACGAGUCCUGCGGCCAGUGCACCCCCUGCCGCGAGGGAAGCAAGUGGACCGAGCAGAUCAUGCAGCGCUUCGAGAAGGGCCUCGGCCGCGAGCGCGAGAUCGACAUGCUGCAGGAGCUGACCAAGCAGGUCGAGGGGCAUACCAUCUGCGCCCUCGGCGAGGCCUUCGCCUGGCCCAUCCAGGGUCUGAUCCGCCACUUCCGCCCCGAGCUGGAGGCGCGCAUGCAGCAGUUUGCCAAGGAGAGCGGCGGCGAGGCGCUGGCUGGUGGCUGGAACCACGAUUCCAAGCUGAAAGGCCAACUUGUCUCUCCGGGCAUGUAAAAGGAAGGGUGAGCGGUUUGGUUUGGUUGGGUUGGGUUGGUGGAAGGCGUGAGAGAGAGGUUGGUACAUUGUACAUAGGCCUAGUCCGCCGUAUACUGCCCCCGGGCUGUACUUGAUUUGCUUUGUCGAAUCCAGGGGUGUGGGGGGGAGGUGAUAUGUAUGCUGGUUGCCGUUCGAGGGCGAAUGGUGGUGCUGUUUUACUAACCCCGUCGACGAAUGACAAGUCUUCAAGUGGCCACGACCCAGGUCUAGCUUACCUAUCGAAGAAGCCUUCCUCAUCGUAGUCGUCUCUACCGGAUUCAGU